AUGCAAGUGUCAAAACAACAGCUGUUUGAUAGUGGCCGCUUGAUAAUUCAGCGCUCCGCAGAAGCCCAACCAGUCCCUUCCGCGAGGGCGGCCAGUGAAGCGCGCGUGGGCGGCCGGACAGCACACCGAGCGGAGCAGGACCAUGGCUGACAUGAUAUUCGGGGGCAUAGAAGGGGGUGCCACCCACUCCAGCUGCGCGCUGUUCGACGCCAAGGGCAAGAAGCUGACCGAGCUGAGCGGCCCGAACACCAACCACUGGGGCAUCGGGAUGGAGGAGUGCCAGGACCGCAUCGCCAACAUGGUGAACGACGCCAAGGCGCGCAUCGGCCUGGACCUGGGCACGCCGCUGGCCGCCCUGGGGCUCAGCCUGAGCGGCUGCGAGGAGGACAAGACCAACCGCCUCCUGCAGGAGGGCCUGGAGAGGCGCUUCCCCACGCUCAGCAGCAAGUACGUCGUCUGCAGCGACACCCUGGGCGCAAUCGCGUCCGCCAACGAGGGAGGCGGCAUCGUCCUCAUUUCCGGGACGGGCUCCAACGCGCUGCUCCUCAACCCGGACGGCACACAGGCGCGCUGCGGGGGUUGGGGCCACAUGAUCGGAGACGAGGGUAGCGCCUUCUGGAUCGCCCACAAGGCGGUGUGUGGCAUGUUCCACGAACAGGACAACUUCAGCUCGUUCCCCUACAACUCCGAUACGCUGUGGAGGCUAAUCCAGGAGCACUUCGACGUCGACAACAGGUUCAAUCUCCUCAACCAUGUGUACGACAAGUUUUCCAAAUCCUACUUCGCCGGCUUGUGCAAACGGAUAGCGGACGCCGCGCACGCAGGCGACGAGCUGUGCCUCUGGCUGUUCAGCGAGGCCGGCCGCGUGCUGGCCGAGUACAUCCAGGCCCUGGUGCCCUCUGUCCACGCUGACCUGGUGCGGGCGCCCGGCGGCGUGCCCGUGGUGUGCGUGGGCUCGGUGUGGAAGAGCUGGGACCUGCUGCACGAGUCGUUCGUCGCGCAGCUUCGCCGGGGCUGCCGGAAGGGAGACGUGGUCCCGAACUUGACGCUCAUGAGCCUCACCAGCAGUGGCGCCAUCGGCGCCACCCUGCUGGCCGCCAAGAGUGUCUCCUUCUCCCUGCCCUGCGAGUACAGCGCCAACUACAACGUGUUCUUCGAGUACAAAAGCGAGCCUACGACUAAUGGCAAGCUAUGAACAGAAUGACAUCCUGCUGGCACUGGAGUGGAAUCAAAAGGCCGGAAGAAAUUGAAGAUGUCAUCUGGGAACCCAGAAGUAUACAAUGACAGUUGUUAAAGUGUUGGACUUGUUGCUCAAAACGUCUGUGUUAUAGACGGGUUGCACCGAAGGUGAAGGGUAGUAGGUAGUUUGAGAUUUUUUUUUUGGAGUCUGUCACUCCAGAUCAGGAAAGGAAUAUGAAUUUUCCCUUAAAUGUUGCCAUGAAAAAAUCUUAGAGACACUCCAACAGGUAGACUGAAUGAGCAUAGUUAAUGUAAGGGUUUAUAAAACCCUAAAAAAACUGAGUACUGUACUGUAUUAUGUUUUCGUCGCACUUUCCCAUGUUUUAUUAUUUUCUGUUAUUAUUCAUCAUUGUAAUUACUCAGAGACCAUGUCACUUAUAUUUUUAGGUUUGGUAUGUGAUAAGUUGAUUAAAUCAUGCUUCCAUUUUGAA